UCUUUCAGCAGUGCCAAAGCAGCGCUGAUUGGCUGCUGCAAACUUGGAGAAGUGAAUUUAAGCUGCAGGUUCCAGAUCAGCUGCACACUUUGUGUCACAGCUUUGACUCAGCUAUGGAGUUGAGGAUUCUCUGUACUUUGGUUGCUGCCCUGCUUUGUGGGCUUUGCACUGCUGGGCCCGCAGGGAAAGAAUUUGCUCUGUCCUUCAUGCAGAAUUACAAACCAGGGACUAAUAAUGGCCAAUCACGUUUCAUGGUGGAGAUCUCUAGCCCCCCAGGUUCCAUAUUAAGCACCAAUGUGAAGGUGACUGCACUGGGGCAAGUGUUUGAGAAGACUCUUCAGCCAGGAGCUGGAGAGUCAUUCCAGCUUCCCGAUGGGGUGGAGAUGACUGGAACCACAAAAAGCAAACAGACCGUCCAGGUGGAGGCUGACCAAGAAAUUUUGGUACUAUCUCUGAACUCUAAGCCCUACUCAGCAGAUACCUCAGUGAUCUACCCUGUGAAGGACUGGGGCACAGAGUAUUACAUCUACACUCCACAGAUGGGCCCACCUGAUACCUUUAAAGAGUUUGCCAUCACCAAUCAAGGCAGCCAAAAUACAGUAGAGAUUCUGUUAAACGGUGCAGUGACCUUUCAAGGGCAGCAAUACUCAAGAGGGAGCCUACUUACCAUCACUUUGGAGCCAUUUGAGAGUGUGCAGAUCCAAAGUACAGACGACCUGACUGGCUCCAAAGUAACUGCCAAGCAACCAGUCGCUGUUUUCACAGGCCACAGCUGUACCUGGUACUUCUCAGAGUGCAAUCAUGUGUAUGAACAGCUACUGCCCGUAAGUAGUUGGGGUACGGAGUUCACAGUUGCGACUCUUGCGUACUCAGAACCUUCGUUUAGAUUUGAUACAGUGAUCAUUCAGGCUUCGCAAAGCACUCAACUCCAAAUCACUACUCAAGAUGGUACAGCCUCACCCAAGCAAAUGGUGCCUGGAGAAUCCCUCUUUAUCAAUAUUCCAUACCCCAACUCUCUGCAUUUCACUGCUGAUAAAGGGGUUCAGGUCCUGUACGAGUUCAAUGGAGGAACGAAUCCAAACGGAGUGGUGAAUGACCCCUUCCUCAUCACCAUCCUGUCAACAGACCGCUUUAGCACCUCCUACACAAUGGAGGGGCAAGCUGGCUUUACGAAUGAAGCCAUUAUUGUAGCUCGUACCUCUGACUUGAGUAAACUGACACUAGAUACAACUGCGAUAUCAAAAGAUCUCCAGUGGAUUCAAGCUGGGAAAAGUGAAUACUCAUGGACGCAGUUCAGUUAUGGUGAAACUUCAGGCUUCUAUCAGGUAGCCCAUCCAGACUCACCUUUCGCCUUGUACAGCUUUGGUGCUGCCAAGCAGAAUGGAUAUGGAUCUCCAGCCCCUGGUAAUCCUCCAGCUUCUGUUGGUACCUGCUGGGUCAUGGGCGACCCACACUACCGUACAUUUGAUGGCACUUACUACAACUUCAUGGGUAACUGCACCUACAUCAUGGCUAAGAACUGCCAUGUGGACACUGUACACCCAGCUUUUGAAGUCCUGGCUGAGAAUGAACGCAGUGGCAGUUCAAAAGUCACCUUUGUCAACGAAAUUGUCAUUACAGUCUACGGUGAAACCAUCACCAUUGUCCGCAAUGAGUUUGGGCUUGUACGGAUAAAUGAUUCUCUUUGGUACCUUCCAAUCUCCUUGGACAACGGCAGAGUGACUCUCCAGCAAAGUGGUCUUUCAGUUAUUGUGGAGACAGACUUUGGUUUGUCAGUGCAGUAUGAUUGGGAGCAAUAUCUGGUGGUAAAAGUACCAAGCAACUUUAUGGAAAGGAUGUGUGGCAUGUGUGGGAACUUCAAUGGGAAGAAGAAUGAUGACCUCACUACUCCCACAGGCUCCUUAGCAGGCAGUAUUCCAGCACUGGGAAAGAGCUGGAGGGUUCCAGGCUUGCCAGAGGAUGCCUAUUGUAGUGAUGAUUGUGCUGGCCAGUGUGAGAGCUGUCAGGGAGUGUCAUGGCUUAAACGUGUGGCAGCAGAGGCCUUCUGUCAUAUUGUAACCGUUCUCACUGAUGGUCCAUUCCGUGAUUGCAAGUCUCUCAUAGAUCCCAAGGUUUUCUAUGAAAAUUGCCUUUUUGACUACUGCAUGGGCAAUGGGUACAAGAACUUUCUUUGCAAGACAGCACAGACCUACACAGAUGCUUGCCAGAGAGCUGGUGUACGUGUGUUCAACUGGAGACACCUCAUUGGCUGCCCUGCCCCAACAUGUCCUGAAAACAGUCAGUAUGAAUCCUGUGCCUGUCCUGCUACCUGUGAGAAUCCCACUCCUUCUGCUGAAUGCAAAGCGAACUGUGUGGAGGCCUGCGUCUGUGAUGGUGGAUACCUGUGGAGUGGAAACAAGUGUGUCCCUAAAACUCAGUGUGGCUGCAUGUACAGCAGUGGAGGCGUUGAGCGCUACCUGCAGGCUGGAGAAUCCAUCUGGGUUGAUGACACUUGCAGCAAAAAGUGCACCUGCGAUCCAACCAGUGGUCAAGUCAUGUGCGAGAACACAAGUUGCCAAGGUGGAUCAGAAUGCAGUGUUGUUAAAGGGAUCAGAGACUGCUAUCCGGUUUCUCAAUCGACCUGCAACAUCUACGGCGACCCCCACUACAACACAUUUGACAACACCACUUAUGACUUCCAGGGUACCUGCACCUACACCGCUGCUCAGGGCUGCCAUCUAGAGGGAACAAAACUUACACCAUUUGCAGUUAUAGUGGAGAAUGAGAAGUGGAAUGGGAUCCAGAUGAGUCCAAACGUGUCCGUGGCCAAGGUGGUCGUUGUGGAGGUGUAUGGCAUGAUUUUGGUCUUGCGAAGAAAUGAGCUACAUCAGAUAAUGGUUAAUGGGAUCUUGACCAACAUCCCUGUAAGUCUGGAUGGUGGAAAAGUGAUAGUCCAGGAAGAGGGCUAUCAAAAUGUUAUCACUACAGACUUUGGCCUGAGAGUCGCCUACGAUAUGGUUUAUCAUGUCAGUAUCACAGUCCCCAGCAGCUACCACGGGAAGACCUGUGGACUGUGCGGCAACAACAAUGGUAACAAAACUGAUGAGUUCUUGUUGCCUGAUGGUAAAGAAACCAAAGACAUUAAAACAUUUGGAGCUGCAUGGAAGGUGGCUGUUCCCGGUGUUGUGUGUGAUGAUGGCUGUUCUGGAGACUUCUGUCCAACGUGCCCUGCAGACAAGAAAGCUGUCUUUGAAAAGGACUGCAGCAUCAUUACCAACCCUGAAGGUCCAUUUGCUGCCUGUCACAGUGUAAUUAACCCUGAGUCCUACUUCAGAGAUUGUGUCUACGAUGUCUGUAUGGGCGAUGGAGAUCAUCACAUGCUCUGCCACAGCAUUGCUGCUUACAUGAUUGACUGUCAGGACUUUGGAGUUCCUGUUAAAAACUGGAGAACGUCAACGUUUUGUCCUCUGAAAUGCCCUGCCAACAGUCACUAUGAAAUCUGCGCUCAGUCAUGUGACUCACCCUGUCCUGGCCUCACUGAAAUCAUCGACUGUAAAGUUCAGAUCUGUGCUGAAGGCUGUAUGUGCGACUCUGGAUUCUUCACCAAUGGGACAGGCUGUGUUAAAGCAGAUCAGUGUAGCUGUUAUGAGAACGGACACACCUACAAGAUUGGUCAGUCAGUCAUCACCAACGAUUGCAAAGAACGUUUGACCUGUAUUGCCUCUGGUGAAGUCAAACAUGAAGCCAUGCAAUGUGGUACUAAUGAAGUCUGUGAGAUUCAGAAUGGUAUUCGUGGCUGUUACCCAAAGCCUAAUGUUUUAGGCACCUGUUGGGUCAUGGGCGACCCACAUUACCGCACUUUUGAUGGUGAUUACUACAACUUCAUGGGCAACUGCACCUACAUCAUGGCCAAGAACUGUGAUGUAGACAGUGAGUACCCAGCAUUUGAAGUCCAGGCCAUGAAUGAACGUUUCGGCAGCUCAAAGGGUACUUUUGUCAGCGAAGUCAUCAUUAAAGUCUAUGAUCAAACCAUCACCAUUGUCUACCAUGAGACCGGGCUUGUGCGGAUAAGUGAUUCUCUUUGGUACCUUCCCAUCUCCCUGGACGAUGGCAAAGUGACCCUCCAGCAAAGUGGUCUUUCAGUUAUUGUGGAGACAGACUUUGGUCUGUCAGUGCAGUACAACUGGGAUCAAUAUCUGGUGAUAAAGAUUCCAGACACCUUCAUGGGAAAGAUGUGUGGCAUGUGUGGAAACUUCAAUGGGAAGGCGAAUGACGACCUCACUACUCCCACAGGCUCAUUGGCAGGCAGUAUUCCAGCACUGGGAAAGAGCUGGAGGGUUCCAGGGUUGCCGCAGGAUGCCUAUUGUACUGAUGAUUGUGUUGGCAAGUGUGAGAGCUGUGAGGGAGAACCAUGGUAUGAUCGUUUGGCAGCAGAGGCCUUCUGUCACUUGGUCACCAUCUUGACUGACGGUCCAUUUAGUGAAUGCAAGACUCUUAUUGAUCCCAAGGUUUUCUAUGAAAAUUGCCUUAUUGACUACUGCAUGGGAAAAGGAUUUAAGCAUUUUCUUUGUAAGACAGCUCAGAUUUACACAGAUGCAUGUCAGCGAGCUGGUGUACGUGUACACGACUGGAGACACCUCAUUGGCUGUCCUGCCCCUACAUGCCCCACAAACAGCCACUUUGAGUCCUGUGCCUGUCCUGCUACCUGUGAGAAUCCCACUCCUUCUGCUGAAUGCCAAGCCAGCUGUGUGGAGGCCUGCGUCUGUAACGAUGGAUACCUGUGGAGUGGAAACAAGUGUGUCCCUAAGACUCAGUGUGGCUGUAUGUACAGCGUUGGAAGUGAGAAACGCUACCUGCAGGCUGGAGAAUCCAUCUGGGCUGAUGAUAAUUGCAGCAAAAAGUGCACCUGCAAUCCAACCAAUGGUCAAGUUCAAUGUGAAACUGCAAGCUGCCCAACUGGAACAGCAUGCAGUGUUGUUAAAGGGAUCAGAGCAUGCCACGCAGUAUCUCAUGGCACUUGCAACAUCUAUGGUGACCCCCACUACAACACAUUCGACAACAGCACAUAUGACUUCCAGGGUACCUGCACCUACACCGCCGCUCAGGGCUGCCAUCUAGAGGGAACUCAGCUCACUCCAUUUGCAGUUAUAGUGGAGAAUGAGAAGUGGAAUGAGAUCCAGCUCACUCCAAAUGUCUCUAUGGCCAAGGUGGUUGUGGUGGAAGUGUACAACAUGAUUUUAGUCCUGAGGCGAAAUCUGCUACAUCAAAUAGCGGUUAAUGGUGUCUUAACCAACAUCCCUAUAAGUCUCGAUGAUGGAAGAGUGACGGUCCAACAGGAGGGCUUCCAAAAUGUUAUCACUACAGACUUUGGCCUGAGAGUCGCCUACGAUAUGGUUUAUCACGUAACCGUUACAGUCCCAAGCAGCUAUCUUGGAAAAACUUGUGGUAUGUGUGGAACCUAUAAUGGUAAGAAGAACGAUGAGUUACUGUUGCCAGAUGGUAAAGUAACCACUGAUAUUAAAGCAUUUGGAGCUGCGUGGAAGGUGGCUGUUCCUGGUGUUGUGUGUGACGAUGGCUGCACUGGAGACUUCUGUCCAACGUGCUCUGCAGACAAGAAAGCUCUCUUUGAAAAGGACUGCAGCAUCAUUACCAACCCUGAAGGUCCAUUUGCUGCCUGUCACAGUGUAAUUAACCCUGAGUCCUACUUCAGAGAUUGUGUCUACGAUGUAUGUGCUGGUGAUGGAGAUAACAACAUGCUCUGCCACAGCAUUGCUGCUUACAUGAUUGACUGUCAGGACUUUGGGGUUCCUGUUAAAAACUGGAGAACGUCAACAUUUUGUCCAUUGAAAUGCCCAGCCAACAGUCACUAUGAAAUCUGUGCUCAGUCAUGCGACUCACCCUGUCCUGGCCUCACUGAGAUCAUCAACUGUGAUAUAAAGACCUGUGCUGAAGGCUGUAUGUGUGACUCUGGAUUCUUCACCAAUGGGACGGGCUGCAUUAAAGCAGAUCAGUGUAGUUGUUAUGAGAAUGGGCGCACCUACAAGAUUGGUGAGUCUGUCGUCACAGACAACUGCCAAGAACGCUUGACCUGUCUUAAUACUGGUAUCGUGAGCAUUGAAAGCAUGACGUGCAACAGUGAUGAAGUCUGUACGGUCAAGAAUGGCGUUCGUGGAUGCUAUCCAAAAGAAUGCGUGUUGGAAACUGGAGGCUCCUUCACCCUAUUUAAUGGAACAACUUGGAUCAUCCCAUCUAUGGGAGCCUUUGACUUGGUGAAAGUAUGUGACAGUGCUGCUGUAACAGUCUGGUUCCGUGUGGUGGUGGAGUUGCAAGGCUGUAACUCUGGAGCUCUGACACCUGCAGCUGUUUACGUCUUCUUUGAAGAAGUGCUUGUCACUGUUAACAGCGAACUUGACAUUUGGUUCAAUGGUAAGAAGUUGACUUCACCAGAUGUAAAGAGAAAUCAGAUACUUGUAAAGGUCAUCGAUCAAACAGUCAUCAUCGAGAAGGAAUCGGCCCUCAAAUUGUCCUACAGUCUAACAGAUGGGAUCACAAUCACCGUGAGUGAGACGAUUGCUGCUGAGCUGUGCGGUGCCUGUGGGGAGUUCACUGGGUCUGUUUCUGGUACAAGCAUAAUGAUGUAUAUGGAUGAAAACAGAGCACCUGACUUCCCCAGCUGCAACUAGUGAAGGUUGAGGAGCUGCGCUAAUCUUUUGAACCCUUCCACCAAGCGACAUCCACCCAGCAAAGUAAAUUUCCAAUGAUAUACAACAUGAUUCUAAACAUUAUGAUUGUCUGAUAAAUGAUCAAUGGAUCGAUGGAAUGGAUCAAUAAAGCACUUGCAACAUAA